AUGGCUGAUUUCAACUUAUUUUCCACGAAAACUGAUAUUAAAAAGUUAUUAUUCACAGCGGAUAAGUUCAAAUUCAAUGAACAGGACUCCAAUGAAUCAUGGCAAGAUUUGCCCGGUGUAACACCCACAUCACUACUUGCCUCUAUCGCUGAUAAUCAGUACAUUCAUGAUUCCUCGUUAUCAUCGCUAACGGACAAUCGAAAUGAAAAUGGUUGGGAGACACUUGAUGACUAUUCGACAAUACCCAAAUCAUACGGCUUCAAUUACGAACGCAAUUCGACAAAACCGAGUGGACACUGUCGACUUGAUCGACGUGGCCAUUGGCUACUUCUGCCACCAUCGCCACAUCAUCCGCCUGAGAAAGUUCCAGAGAAGAAGCGUUCGUCAAACAAUUCAAAUCCCGAACAAAUCUUUCCAGACUCGUGUGAAAGUCUCACGGUUUCUGUUGAUUUACAUAUUCCAACCGAUGAACUAAUGACUGACAAUGAUGGUGACAACGAUGGCGAUGGACACAACACAACUGAACGACAAAAUAUCACAACAGACAAGUCGCGAAACAAAUCGAGAUGUAUUAAACCUCAUCACGGUAAAUUAGCUAAUCAGGUUCAUCAGCGAGUAGUUUACGAACAAGACCUACCGAUUCGUUUUACAUUGGAAGAAUUUGUAAAAAGAUACAAAUUUAUUUGCUAUUCUUCGAGUAGUCCAAUUAAAAACAACGCAAAAGCAUGCGAGAGUAUUGUUAAACAUCUUAGAUUCACAGACUAUAUCAUUGACAAAUCAAAAAUCUCAUUGCAAUUCGAACAUUUAAAAAUCUUAAAUCAACAUUUCGAACAGUACCUAUCGAAUAUCAUUACUUGUCAAAAAUAUAUUAGAGGAUAUCUUGUUCGAAAAGAUUUACUACGCCGUGCGAGACGAAAUGCCAAAGAACGCCAUGAUUUUCUCACUCAAGUUCGUUUAACAAGUAAAAACACAAUGGAUAGAUUAUCAGCAUUACCAAAAGUUUCAACGAAAACUAUUGAAUUGACAAAACCAGAAAAUGACAACGCUAUUAAACGUUCGAAACACUUUAUCAAAAGAAGAACGAAAGAUAAAAAAAACCCGGCACCUUCGAUUCCCGCUGAAGCAAUUCCUAUGAAUGAACAAGAACAUCAUGAUAUGCUUAAAGUAGCUAAGAAAUUACAAUUACUCGAGAAAGAUGAUGUCGAUGAACUCGAAGGUGUCGACCAUCGAAUAACAUCAAGUAAAACAGCAGAUGGCAUUCGAUCCUCUGUUGAAGGUCUAUCUGAACGUGAAGUACGAAUACUUGUUCAAGACGAAUUCACACCUGAGACGAUGGCAACACCAAAACAAUUACCACAAAAGCGAUUUCCAAUCGAAACAAAUAUUGCAUCGGGUUCGGGCCUACCGAGUAUCACAACGGCUGAUAGUCCUUUGAAAGUGCAUGAUGGAGCCAUUUCAAUAAUGGCGGCGAAGGUACCUAUUGCACCAACAAUGAAACUAUCGGCAGCUGAACAAUUGAUUCGAGAAACGAAAGUUGCUGCUACAAGUGGAGAUCUAUUUAUGACAGAUUGGGCGGUUGGACAAGAGGAAAAGAAACAUCCAACUACUGUUCGCUCAAAAUCUGAGCCACGAAAUAUUUUACUUGCUCUACAAGACCAAAAUAUGUUAUCCGAACAGAAGCGCGACAUUAUCAAAAAAAUUCUAAUGUUACAACGACAAAAGUUCAAAGACAAUCAAGCCCGUAAAGCAAGUAAAAGCAAUGAAUUUGAACAUUCGACAUACAGUUUUGCUCAAAUGGAUCAGACAGUAAAGAAUGACGAUGAUGAUCUUUUGCCCGACGAUGAACUGGUCGAUCCUUGGGACACGCCACGUACAAUGGAUGUUCGUGAAGCCUAUGAGAAUACAGUACAUUGUUAUCGCCUGUCUAUGCGACUGUUAAAACUUGCUACUUAUAUUGUCUUACAUAUCGGUGUGCUAGCAACUGCAUUAGUGAGCAAAGGUGCUUUAUUAUUGAUGACAAACUCGGUGGCACAUGUCCAAGAGACACCUUAUCGUGAACGUUGGGUAUGGAUGUUACUGGCAACCGUUUGUGCUCCAUAUAUCUUCACAUUCAUCGAUAGUUUUGGUACAUGUUUAUUUGGAAAUAAACCAUGGCCAACUGUGAAGAUCUUCACGAUUGUUUUCUUCAUUGAAACUUUACAUAGUUUUGGUAUUGCGAUAUUUGUUUUUCAUAUUCUACCAAAACUGGAUGCAGCACGAAGUUUGUUGCUUAUGAACGCCGUGUGUCUUGUUCCUGCCUUUUUAAAAUUAUUUUUGACGAAAUCGAAUUCAUCUAUUGUACGACGAAGUCUUUUAUUUCUUAUGGACUUUUUUGCAUUCGCAAUGCAAUGUUCUUGUAUGGGUAUUGCAUUGGCAUCAAAAUUUCUGAAUACCGAUAGUUCUAUCGUUGUGCAAGCGACAACAUCUUCUUCGCCUUUACUUUUUUCCGAUGGCACAACAACGCUACCACCCCUAAGUCGACAUCGACGACAAGAUGAGUCGGUAACGAUCUUCUCCGAUAUCAAUGAGAAUGAUAUGCUCACAACAUCUAUUAGUAAUAUUAGUUCAAUAGAUAAAAAUUUACAAACAAUUUUAAGUAGUUUCUAUGUUCAAUGGGAACUACCGGUUGCAUUGAUUCUUGUUUCGUUAGCCUGGUGGGAAAAUUUUAUCGAUCGUGACAUUAAAAUAGGUAAUCGUACUAUAGUUCAUAUGAAAUUAUUAAAAGAAAAUAUCGUUGCGACACGGGCCAAGACAUCGUUAAUCAUUACAUGUUGGAAAGUAUUCGUGACAUUGAUUCUCGCCUAUCUAUUUCAUCAUGGUAUUUUUAAUACGUCGGUGGUCUUUCCAAUUCAUGAAAAUUACGAACAAUUGCAAGAUCCAUUACCGAAGUUAUCGCCAGGACAAAAUCCUUGGGCAUCAUUAGGUUUUGAUCAGCAACCAAUGCAAGGGUUAGUUCCGCUGACAUCACCGCGCGAACGUCGGUCAAUAGACAAUAUCACUGCGUAUGUCAAACGACAGAAACGACAAAUGGACAUCGAUAUACCAAACGGCUACACUUUGGAUGGUGAAACGGCGAACUUACUUGCCAGUGGAAAUAAUCCUGCAGGUGGUGAACACGGAUCAGUAAAUCCACGUGAUCGAUGGAUUUAUUAUUUAGCUCCUAUGAUAUUGAAAAUUAUAUCCGAUGCAUUAUGUUUCUACAUGGGUCGUUUAGCAUGUAAACUCUGUAUGCAACGGAUAUGUUUUGCCUUACCAAUUACGUUAGUUACACCUUUGGCUCUGACUAUUUUGUUAGUCAUGUGUUCUGCAGCACCGCAAACAACUGUUUUCGUGGACAAAUUUCUCUUCUGGAGUUGCUAUGCUGAUUAUGCCAAAGAUUCCUUUCGUUGGCAAGUCAUAUGCGGUCUUUCUCUUUGGUGGUUAUCGGAAUUAUGGAUUGCUGGACAUAUUUGGUUUGGAAAAAGUCAACGUUUAGCUUUUACUGAACGUUUAUUUGUUUCUCCACGUUAUUGUGCAACCUUGCUUGAACAAUCCUUAAUGAUGAAUCGACGUCGAAACGAACGUGACGAGAUACUUUCAGGCACAUACGAUGAAAUGGGUACAGUGAAUGGUGAUACCGAAUACGACGAGCAAAGCAUGGAAGAAUUAUCCAUGGAGAAAAAACUAAGUGCAGAUGUACAUACAAAGAUCUACUCAUGUGCGACUAUGUGGCAUGAAACUGAAACGGAAAUGUUACAACUAUUGAAAUCAAUUAUGAGAUUGGAUAGUGAUCAAUGUGCACGUCGAACUGCUCGUAAUUACUUACAAUUGAAAGAUCUUGAUUACUACGAAUACGAAGGACAUAUUUUCUUUGAUGAUGCUAUGGAAGAAGAUGAAAACAAUGAACAAGUACCUAACAAAUUCGUUCAGCAACUGCUAGGAGUGAUUGAUCGUGCAGCGACAGCUAUACAUCAAUGUCCAAUGAAAAUCCCUCCACCAUUCAAGACACCAACACCGUAUGGUGGAAGACUAACGUGGAUUCUACCAGGUGGAAAUUUCCUCAUCGCACAUAUCAAAGAUAAAACAAAGAUUCGACAUAAGAAACGUUGGAGUCAAGUCAUGUACAUGUACUAUUUACUUGGCUAUCGUCUUUUUGGUGACUUGAAUAUUAUCGAAAAACUGUAUAAACGAAAACGAAAGAAAGAUUCAUCGAAGAGUAAAUCGAAGUUAUUCAAAGGUUUCGGAAAUUUAUUAAACAAUAUGGACAAUAAGAAACGAAUACAAAUGGAAAAUACUUAUCUAUUAGCCCUGGAUGGUGAUGUCGAUUUUCGACCUGAAGCUGUGCGUUUACUAGUUGAUCGAAUGAAGAAGAAUAAAAAAGUCGGCGCAGCAUGUGGACGUAUUCAUCCCGUUGGAAGUGGACCAAUGGUUUGGUACCAGAAAUUCGAAUACGCUAUUGGUCAUUGGCUUCAAAAAGCAGCAGAGCAUAUCCUAGGCUGUGUGAUGUGUAGCCCGGGUUGUUUCAGUUUAUUUCGUGGUUCUGCACUGAUGGAUGAUCAUGUUCUUCGUACGUACUGUACAAAAUCCACCGAAGCUCGACAUUAUGUACAAUACGAUCAAGGUGAAGAUCGAUGGCUAUGUACACUUUUAUUGCAAGAAGGAUACCGAGUUGAGUAUUGUGCAGCAUCGGACGCUUUAACAUAUGCACCGGAGACAUUUCACGAAUUUUUCAAUCAACGUCGCCGAUGGGUACCAUCUACCAUUGCAAAUAUCUUGGAUUUUCUUGCCGAAUAUAAACGCAUCGUCGUUGUCAAUGAGAGUAUUUCGUACUUAUAUAUUAUCUAUCAACUCUUUCUUAUGGUUUCAACCGUACUGGGACCGGCAACGGUACUUCUCAUGAUUAUCGGAGCGUUCAAUGCUUGUUUCGGUACAAGUCUUUGGCAAUCAAUGUACAUGUCGGUAUUACCAGCAUUUUUCUAUCUACUAUUAUGUUUUCAUACGACCACUGACUUUCAAAUUCGUGUUGCUGCCUUUCUCUCAGCUGUUUACGCUGUCAUCAUGAUGGCCGUUAUUGUUGGUACGACUAUUCAAAUAGCAGAAGAUUCGUGGACAUCUCCGAAUGCUGUUUUCUUAAUGUUGCUGCUUUCAAUCAAUUUUAUUGCCGCCUGUAUGCAUCCACAAGAGUUUUGGUGUAUAGUUCCGGGCAUAUUGUACUUUUUGUGUAUACCAAGUGGAUAUUUGUUCUUGUUGAUUUACUCGUUGUGUAAUUUGAAUAUUGUCUCUUGGGGAACACGUGAAGCGCCGAAAACGAAGAAGAAUCAAACGAAGGAGGAAUUAGAACGUGCGAAAUUGCAAGAGUUAACGCAAGCCAAACAGAAAUCGGCUGGUUUUUUCAAUCAAGUAUUUGCUAAUUUUAAUUUUAAAAAAUACGAUGAGAAAAUUCGUGCCUAUGCUCGAAAAUGGCUCGGAUUAGAACGAUCAGGCUUGAAUGGUUUACUUCUCCAACAAAUUCUAAGCGCAGUUGAACGUAUGGAAAAUAGCAAAUUUGAUGAAGAAAUGGAAGCCGUGGCAACGACAGGUCUCUAUCCCGAACGAAAUAAAACACCAGUUGGAUCGGAGAUUGAUGCAAAAUAUGGUCUGAUGCAAUUAGCUGCUCGAGCUGGUUCACCUGGCAUAACAGGUACGCCAAUCAAUCGCGCAAGUUUUCCACAUGUUGAUCCUCAGCAACAAUUGAUUUAUCGUGGCAUUCAAUCAGUUCGCAGUACACCGUACGGACAGGUCAUGUCUUAUGGAGGUGUGUCACGUCCAUUUGAAACACCUGUUAUAAAACGAGAUGAAUUGGUAAAUCCCGCAUGGAUCUUUCAUAAAUCAUUACUCGAUUCAGAAGUAGUUAUGCUUGAUCCACGUGAAACGAAAUUCUUUCAAGGAGUUAUCGAACGUUAUCUCUAUCCAUUGGUCGAAGAUAAAGAUCAUCAGAAGAAAAUAGUUGGUGAAUUGAAAUCAUUGCGUAACAAUAGUUGCUUUGUUUUCUUUAUGAUCAAUACAUUAUGGAUAGUUAUUAUCUUUUCAUUACAAUUAGUCGCCGAGCGUAUACGUGAAUUUGUCUUUAUACCAAUCAAGCGUUUACACAAUGAACCGUUACGUUUCGAGCCACUUGGCCUAGGUUUUCUCCUAUUCUUCGCUACUAUUUUACUUGUUCAAUUCGUCUCCAUGCUGUGGCAUCGUUACGGGACAUUACUGCAUUUAUUAGCAUCCACGGAUUUGAAAAUCUGCCAAUCGAAUAAUGGACAGACCAGUCGACAUAAUCGUCGCGGUGAUUUUACCGUUGACAAUGUCGAAGAUGCUGUCGAACAAGUUAAAGCUCUACAACAACCGAAAGGUUUCGACGAAGAAGAUCUACCCGAACCGGAUUAUGACAAUGAUGAAAGACAAGCAUCAGAGCUCGAUCUCUCCACCACUGGACUUAUCUAUCGUGGUAAUGGUCGAUACCUUAAACAUUCAGCAUGUACAUCUCAACAAUGGAGCGAAGCCGCGAAAGUCAAUGAUAUGCAAAGAAACUUAGACACAACUGAUCACAGUGAUCUAUCUCAAAUCAUGGCAGGCUCAAUUCAUACUUACGGAAGUAAUUAUGAUGCGAUUAAACGACGGCAAUUAUCGAAUAAACGCCAUUUAUACUAUAAAUCACUUGAUCACGUGUUCAAAUCACGUUAUCAAGCGUUGGCACAAAACAAAAAUCCACCACAGAAAAAUCCACGUGUCAAACUAACCGACGUUUUUCAACAGCAGCAAUUGGCAUCAUCACGCGCAAGGCGAACAUCAAGUGCAUUGACCGUGCCGGAGAACUCCAGCGGGAAAAAUCUUUCUCAGACAUCGGAAGUCAUGAAGAAACAUCGAAGAAAAUCUAAAGACCAUCACUUAGAACAUUUAAGUCAACUUCGACAAGCAGCCAAUCGAAUCGACAUACUUGAAGAUCGUUUAGAACAAAUGUAUAAAAUGUGCAAUUCGCUCGUCACCAGUGGCAAAUUAUUCGUGCAAGAUUUUCAAAAAUUUAUCAAAUGUAUCUUUGAUGUACGUGAAUUCUUCUCGACUGACGAACUAGCUUAUAAAAGUCUCGCUAAAUUUGGUAAUUAUCUCUACGAAAUCCAAACAUUAUUCUCCAGUCUAUUGGAACAAACAUCACAUAGUAUUCUUCGGACAUUGACACGAAUGUUAAAAGAAGAUAUCAAGAAAGUCAAAGAUCAAGGCAAAUUAUUCGAACGAUUAAGCACUGAUUAUGACAUAGCCUUACAGAAGAACGCUGACGUAUCCAAAACAAAGCUUAAUAUCUGUGAAGAUGUUAGUAAGAAUUUGAUCGCAACUCGUAGUUGUUUUGGUCAUACAUCGAUUGAUUACACUUAUCAAAUCAAUGUUCUCUUCGAUCAACAUAAAGUCGAUUUGAUUGAACUAUUCUUAUCGUAUAUCAAUUUCCACAAGGCCUUUUUUCAUCAAGGCUAUGAAUUAUUGUCAGCAGAAACAGAAGGGGAUGCUCAUGCCAUGACCACUGAAUUAAUCAAAACGAAGCAAGAUAAUGGACAAAAACAAAAGCUAUUAGAAAAAAUGCAUGAAGUCAAUCAAAAACGAUACAAUCCAGAUGAUAAUCGAAGCGAUGGAUUAACACUUGAGUCAUCCUUAUCUUUAUCGAAAAGUAUUCCACCGCGAAAUAUCUCCCAACAAAAUUUAUUGAACAUGACUAAUGAGCCCCCGAACGGAAGUGAAGUGACAAAAGAAGGGUAUUUAUUCAAACGUUCACAUAAUAAGUUCAAAACAUGGAACAGACGAUGGUUUUGUAUUCGAAAUGGGCAGUUGCUCUAUAUGAAACGGAAUAGUAGCACUGCUGUUCAUGAUAACUCUCCCGAACAAUUUCCCUACUCAGUUAUGGUACCUGAUUUACGUCUAUGUACAAUUCGUUCUUCAAAUGAUAACGACCGUCGAUUUGUUUUCGAAAUUAUUUCUCCGAACAGGCAAGUUUCACAUCUUCUUCAAGCGGAUUCGCAAUUAGAAUGUGAACAAUGGAUUAAUGUACUGCAUGCAACGAUAGCGCAUCUGUUCAAAUCAUCGAAUAAUAAUGAAAGACCAACUUCAUCAUCGUCUUCACCAAAGUCUUUAUUCGAUAAUCAUUCAAGUACACUUUCCAUUGCUAAAACCGAAUUGAAACAAAAGAUGAUUAAAGAGAAAAUUGAAUACGUACGUUCGCUGCCGGGAAAUGAGAAAUGUUGUGAUUGUGAUGCUGAAAAUCCCGAAUGGGCAUCGAUUAACUUAGGUAUCCUACUUUGCUUGAACUGUGGUGGAGCACAUCGAGGUCUUGGUGUUAAUUUUUCCAAAGUUCGCUCAUUGCACAUGGACACGUGGGACUUAGAAACAUUGUUAGUCAUGGCAGAAUUAGGUAACAAUAUUGUCAAUGAAAUCUACGAAGCGCAAUUAUCAAGUGAAAUACCAAAACCAACGACAGAUGCAGAUCCUACUAAGCGUCGGAAUUAUAUCGAAGCAAAAUACGUUCAGAAAGCAUUUGUACGUCCGUUGCCUUCGUCAAAUUAUUUACGGCCAACAACGCGCAACAUUCGAAGAUGGACAGUCAUGAAAAAUGCGGCCUUAUCAACAAGUCUUGGAAAUGAUCUUGAUGAUGAAAAUACUGCACAUCUAUUGAAGAACUAUAACCGACAACAACUAUUCAGGAAACCAAUCGUACCUUCUGACAAUGGCAUUGUCGCAGAUAAUCCACCAUUGAUAUGGAAUCAGAAUAUCUAUCUGUACGAUGCAGCUCGAAAUCGUAACGUACCGAUGAUGUUACAUGCAUUAGCUCUUGGUGCUGAUAAGAAUUUCGCCAACGAACAUGAUCAUGGACGAACACCGUUGAUAGAAGCAAUAUUAAGCAAAUCUGUCGCAGCUGCUGAGUUUCUUCUCACAAACAAUGCAAAAGUGAAUCUGCCAGAUGAAGAUGGUCGAACACCUCUUCAUUAUGCAACUCAAUUAGCGAACAAAGGACGCGGGCCGAUUAUACUCUUACUUAAACGUGGCGCUGAUCCUCUAUUAAAAGAUAAUCAUGGUAUUGAUGCAUGUUCACUUUCGAUGAAUCUGGCUGAUCCUGAUGUUAUUACAUGGUACCGUUUGAUAGCAUUACAUGAACAAAUGAAAGAAGAAGAUGCUGAUGUCGAGAAAACGUAUGUGUCAAUCUUAGAUGAUCCCGUUUAUAUGAAAGAAAUUGCAAGAACACCAUCGUUCUCAUCAUAA